AUGGCCACCUCCAACACAGAGCUGCAUGACCACCGCUCGCGCUCUGUGAAUACAAACAAUGACGCCAUUUCAGAAGAAACCGAAUUAGCGCCCAUCUGCUCCGGCACGUCUCAUCCAAGAAACCAAGAUGAACACGCUCAAGUACACGACGGCGAGGACGAAGAUGAAACCGAAGACAACUCCCUAGCGAGACGACACACCACCAACUCAUCGUCUGGCAGGGACCAGAUAAACGAAGACUGGGUCGAAAUCGAGCGUUUAAUGUCGCGCAUGUUUGGUCACGAAAGAAAAGAACACUCCGAAGAAGAGAAAUCAAGACAUUCGGGCGUUCUAUGGAAAAGCUUGACUGUCAAAGGUGCUGGGUUGGGCGCCGUGUUGCAGCCUACUGUGGGCGAUUUGUUUUUGGGAUUACCUAGGCGGAUUAAGAGUUUACUUACGAAGGGGAGGAGAGAGGUGGGGACGAAUGUGCCUGUCAAAACUAUUUUGCAUGAUUUUACGGGCUGCGCACGACCUGGGGAGUUGCUUCUGGUCCUUGGAAGACCCGGGUCAGGCUGCUCGACUUUUUUGAAGGUGAUUGGGAACCAGCGAGCUGGAUACGAAGCUAUCGAAGGGGAGCUUUCAUAUGGAGGGACAGAUCCACGGACCAUGGCGAAGAACUAUCGUUCUGAAGUCUCGUAUAAUCCCGAAGAUGACCUACAUUACGCUACCCUCACCGUCAAGCAAACUCUCAAUUUUGCCCUCCAAACCAGAACUCCAGGCAAAGAAUCCCGAAACCAAGGAGAAAGUCGAAGGGAGUAUCAGAAGUCCUUUCUCAGCGCCAUUACCAAACUCUUCUGGAUAGAGCAUACCAUGGACACCAAAGUAGGCAACGAGUUUAUUCACGGUAUUUCCGGAGGCGAGAAGAAACGAGUUUCUAUUGCCGAGGCAAUGAUCACAAAAGCAAGUACGCAAUGCUGGGAUAACUCCACCAAGGGACUUGAUGCAAGCACGGCGCUGGAGUAUGUCCAGAGUUUACGCAGUUUGACGAACAUGGCCCAGGUCUCGACUUUGGUAGCCCUGUACCAGGCAGCCGAGAGUCUGUAUAAACUCUUUGACAAAGUCGUGUUGAUUGAAGAAGGUCGAUGCGCAUAUUAUGGUCCAAUUGACAAAGCAAAGGCGUACUUUGAGAACCUCGGGUUUGAGUGUCCUCCACGCUGGACAACUCCAGACUUUUUGACUUCUGUCAGCGAUCCCCAUGCUAGACGUAUCAAAUCCAGCUGGGCGGAUCGAAUCCCACGAACUGCAGAGGAGUUUGAAAGUAUCUACUUGAAGAGCGACUUACACCAGACUGCUCUGAAGGAUGUUCGUGAGUUUGAGCAGGAGCUAGCAAAGCAAGAAGAGGAGCGUAAGGCUGCCCGGAGUACGAUCAAACAAAGGAAUUUUACAUUGUCUUUUCACCAGCAGGUUCUGGCUCUCACCAGGAGACAGUUUCUUGUCAUGUUAGGAGAUCCACGGUCAUUGUAUGGCAAAUGGGGUAUGAUUCUGUUUCAAGCAUUGAUUGUUGGAAGUCUUUUCUACAAUCUUCAGCCUACAAGCUCCGGCGUAUUCCCCCGCGGUGGUGUCAUGUUCUAUAUUCUCCUUUUGAACUCCCUUCUUGCUCUUGCCGAACUCACUGCAGCGUUUCAAAAUCGACCAAUUCUGUUAAAGCAUAAGGCAUUUUCGUUCUAUCGACCAUCGGCGUAUGCCUUGGCUCAAGUGGUAGUUGACAUGCCACUUAUCGCUGUUCAAGUCAUUAUAUUCGAUCUCAUUGCCUACUUCAUGUCGGGUCUAUCACGGACGCCGUCGCAAUUCUUCAUCAAUCUUUUGAUUAUAUUUGUGUUGACCAUGACUAUUUACUCCUUCUUUCGGGCUAUUGGUGCUUUGUGCCCCUCUCUUGAUGUUGCCACUAGAAUAACUGGAGUUUCCUUGCAAGCUUUGGUUGUCUACACAGGCUACCUCAUUCCUCCUUGGAAAAUGCACCCCUGGCUCAAAUGGCUGAUAUGGAUCAAUCCAGUUCAAUAUGCCUUUGAAGCUCUUAUGGCUAACGAAUUUUACAAUCUCAAGAUCGAAUGUGUAGCACCUAGUCUGGUUCCUGAGGGUUCAGAUGUAUCUCCUCAACAUCAAAGCUGUUUUCUUCAAGGAAGUCAGCCGGAUCAGAUAGUUGUGCAGGGAAGCAACUACAUUGAGACAGCAUACACAUACUCGCGAUCUCACUUAUGGCGCAAUUUUGGCAUCAUAAUUUCAUGGCUUAUCUUCUUUGUCGUCUUGACCAUGAUUGGAAUGGAGUUGCAAAAGCCGAACAAAGGAGGCAGUUCUGUGACUGUUUUCAAAAGAGGUCAAGCACCAAGGGAUGUCGAUGAUGCUCUUAAGAACAAGACCAAUCCUGGAGACGAGGAAGCUGGUGUACAAGCCCAAAAGAACUGUAACACAGAACAAGACUCUGCUGAUGGGGAAAAAAGUGUUGAAGGCAUUGCAAAGAACACGGCUAUAUUUACUUGGCAACAUGUAAAUUAUGACAUUCAGGUAAAGGAAGGUCAGAAGAGGCUUCUGGAUGAGGUUCAGGGUUAUAUUAGGCCUGGUCGACUGACUGCGAUGAUGGGUGCUUCUGGUUCUGGAAAAACCACUCUUCUCAACGUCCUUGCACGGAGGGUUAACACCGGGGUCGUUACAGGAGACUUCUUGGUCAACGGCCGAGAACUACCCAAAAGUUUCCAGAGAGCAACAGGAUUUGCAGAACAAAUGGACGUUCAUGAACCUACAGCUACCGUUCGCGAAUCAUUAAGGUUUUCUGCCAUACUGCGACAACCGCGUGAGGUUCCUUUACAAGAAAAGUACGACUACUGCGAGAAAAUCAUCGAUCUAUUGGAGAUGCGACCAAUAGCAGGUGCAACUGUAGGUUCCGGAGGCUCAGGACUGAACCAGGAACAACGCAAGCGCCUCACAAUUGCAGUCGAGCUGGCAAGUAAGCCCGAGCUGCUUUUGUUCCUCGAUGAACCAACAUCUGGCUUAGACUCACUUGCGGCGUACAACAUUGUGCGCUUUCUUCGCCGCCUCGCAGAUGCAGGCCAAGCUGUAUUGUGUACUAUCCAUCAGCCAUCUGCAGUGCUGUUUGAGCAGUUUGAUGAUUUGUUGUUGCUGAAGAGUGGGGGUCGUGUGGUAUAUCAUGGAGAAUUAGGUUCAGACUCACACACUUUGAUAGAUUACUUUGAGCGCAAUGGUGGGAAGAAGUGUCAAAUGGAUGCGAAUCCUGCAGAGUACAUGCUGGAAGUCAUUGGAGCUGGUAAUCCGGAUUACAAAGGCAAAGACUGGGGAGAUAUUUGGGCCAACUCUGAAGAACACGGCACUCGCACGAGAGAAAUUGAAGAAUUUAUCAACUCGAGGCGAAACGAAAAGACAAGUCAGGAAACCAAGGAUGAUAGAGAAUAUGCUAUGUCUGUAUGGAUGCAGAUGAUGACGACUACAAAACGUUCGUUCGUGGCAUACUGGCGGUCGCCGGAGUAUAUUCUGGGAAAAUUCAUGCUUCACAUAUUCACCGGUCUUUUCAAUACAUUCACAUUCUGGAAACUUGGACAUAGUUAUAUUGACAUGCAGUCAAGACUCUUCUCCGUAUUCAUGACUCUGACAAUUUCGCCUCCACUCAUCCAGCAACUCCAACCACGAUUCCUCCAUUUCCGAAAUCUGUACGAAUCGCGCGAAGCCAAGGCAAAAAUAUACUCGUGGCCAGCCUUCGUUGUCAGCGCUAUCUUACCUGAGAUACCGUACUCAAUCAUAGCAGGCUCAAUCUACUACAACUGCUGGUACUGGGGCAUCGGAUACCCUCGAGACUCAUUCACUUCUGGAUUUACAUACAUCAUGAUCCUCCUCUUCGAGCUCUACUACAUCGGAUUCGGUCAAUUCAUUGCCGCUCUGUCGCCCAACGAACUCUUCGCAUCACUCAUGAUACCAGCCUUCUUCACCUUUGUGAUCUCAUUCUGUGGUGUCGUGGUUCCUUAUCCGGGGCUGCCCAGUUUCUGGAAAGCAUGGAUGUACUGGCUUACGCCAUUCCAUUAUUUACUCGAAGCACUCUUGGGUGUUUUAGUGCAUGAUCAGCCGGUGAAAUGUGUUUCUCGUGAGGAGGCUAGGUUUACGCCUCCACCAGGCUCGACUUGUCAGAACUACACGAGUGCUUUUACUGCUGAGGCUGGUGGGUAUGUAACCGAUUCGGGGGAUGGGAUAUGCUCGUUCUGUGCAUAUGGGACUGGUGAUCGGUUUGCUGCCAGCCUCAACGUGUACUACUCAAAUAAGUGGCGCAAUUUUGGCAUUUUCUGGGCAUUCAUCCUCUUCAAUUUCUUCGUCGUAUUCGCAUUAUCAUGGUUCUAUCUCCACGGUGCCCAAGACCUAAAGGUACUGAGUGUACGAAAGGCGAAGAGCAGCAGCAAAUCGAAACAUAACUCGACUAGUGGAAUGACUGGGAAGAGUAGACUGGGCUCAGCUACUUCUAAUGAGUAG